GAGCCGGAAGCGGCAGCGCGGGCGGCGGCCUGGGCCGGUCAACAGCUGCGGGGCCGGUAGAGAAAAUGAUGGAAGGAAAUGGAAAAACAUCUGUACCUUCAGGUCUCUACAGAUUUCGAAUACCAAAGAAGAAACCAAGCAGCAAGCCAGAGGAAGGCCAUGUUCAGUCCCCUUUGUCGAGGCUCACAGAUUCCCACCAUUUGGACUGCCCUUUACAAGAGUGGAAAUUAAGGGCAAGGAAUCGGGGCUGUUCUUCAAACAGGAAAAGACAAAGAGACUUUGACAGACAUGACUUUGCUGGUGAAAGAGCCAUAAUUGGGAAGAUGUUUUAUGCGGGGAACAGCUGUGAAGGAAGAAUUAGGACAGACACACGCUCAGUGUCAUUGGAUAAAAGGCAACCCAAAGUUAUGUUGACGAAUAUCCUGAGGACGGAAAUAGGAAGAAAAUACACACAGAACCAGCUUAUAACUGAUGCUAAUAUAUCUGACGAUGACAAAGUGCAGUCAGAUCUACCAACUUCAUCUUCUGUUGCCAGCCUAGAGAUUUGUCAAAUAUUAAACCCUCCUCUCCAAAACCUUUUUCAGUCCAAAAGGCAGCCCAAAAUUAUCUUGACAAAUGUCCUGAGGACAAAAGUUGGAAGAAAAUAUGCAAAGAGCCAUCUUAGCUUUGAUGCUAAUAUAUCUGAUGCUGACAAGUUACAGUUGGGUCAACCACCCUCAUCAUCUGUUGCCAGCCUACAGACAUGUCAGAUAUUAAGUCCUACUCUUCAAAGUUCUUUUCUGUCCAAAAGGUAUGAACGCCGCCCAAAAAAGUCAGAUGACAGUCUUUUAAAAUUGACUGAAUCCUCAGAAGAAACUGAAAGCAAUAACAUUGUCAUCAGUGUUAGAAGACAUGAUGCUCAGAAGAAAGAAAAUAAGGAAGCUGACCACCAGGAUAAAAGGAGUAAAAAUCUGAACAACACCUCUCUUGACUGGAGGGAAGCAAGCGGUCUGAAUUCUGAGAAGAGGAAAAGAUUUAGUGGCCAUCUUUCUGAUCAAUGUAAUACACGUUCUUCAGAAAAACUAUUACUGUCCUGUAAAGAACAAAGAAUUAGUUCAGAUCAGCUUCCAGACUGCAGAGGCUCUAGUGAGAGCAGCCAUGGCCACCAAGCUAACACACUUCAGGAAGAUAUUCCUCAGCUACUAAGCACAGAAAGUAAAGCAACAUCCAUCCAGGAUGAUGGGAAGCCUGCUGCUAGCUGUGCAAAGGAAUCCUGCUUAGGGUCUCCUCCCAAGAGUUGGUUGCCUAGCAAACUGAAGGUGGACACAUCGGAGUAUAUGAGGAAGUUGCGUAACAGAUGCAGGAGCGAUCGGACAUUUAUUCCAGCUGAGCCAAUUGUUCUUUCCAGUGAUGAGGAAGAAGGAUCUUCUGAACCAGAUCACCCAGAAAUGCCACAUGUGCAGCCUGGGCAAGAUGAUUCACCUAACAGCAGAGAGAGCGAGCAAGAUGCUGAGUCUUUGCCACAGGAACCAUUGCAAGAUGUAACUGAAAGCAAAUCUGAACAGGUUUCAUCUGAACCAUGUGAAGACAACUCUUCCACAGGGUCACUUUCCAGCAGCACACCAAAUGAACAAAGGGGUCCAACAUUAGAUAUCAAGUAUGCCACUCUGUUCAUCGGGAAAAUCAAAGGAAGAGCAACAGGCUGUGUUUCAUUUACUACAAGGUACAUUAACAUCCCAUUUCAAGUGGCUUUUAAUAAGAUCAUAGAAUUGUCAGUGGAUACUGUCCACCUAAGAAAAUUUGGCUUGUGGAGGAGUACUGAUGACUCUCACUCUGAAAAGAGUAAAAAUCUCAUUUUCCUUUGGCUGUCUGCAGACUGUGUGGAACAGAUUAAAACCCAACUAGGAAUGUCUGUUUCAAGGAAGCCAUCCAAGGCCAAUGAAUUCCUAUUUCUUGAACUAUUACAACCAUUAAUGGAACAAGAACAAAUUAAGCUGAAUGAGUUGAUUGCAGAAGUGAGCAAGAAAAACCGGGCACCCGAUCUCUCUGACUUGUCUUGGAAGCAGGUGUUACCUUUGUUUAAGGACCUGUCCCCUGAAGACAGCUCUUUUAUGAAAUAUCACCAUACCUUGUUUCAGCAGCAGCUGAAGGAGAGUGCCUCAGUUCUGCCUGACCCUGUGCCUCAGGAAUCUAAAGUAAAUGCAGCCAAACCCAAUUAUGCUGUUUUGCAUAAGCAGAAUAAUGGUCACUAUGCCAUUUCUCUGUCAUCUAAGUCAGAUGAUAAAUGGAAAGAAAUAAGAGAAACCGGACCAGUUGAGAAUUUGAUUGUUUAUCCUCCUCCACCUGCCAAAGGAGGACUGGGAGUCACGAAAGAGGAUCUUAAGUGUUUAGAGUAUGGAGAAUUCCUCAAUGAUGUCAUCAUUGACUUCUAUCUGAAAUACCUUUUAUUGGAGAAAGCACCAAAGCAUCUUGCUGAGCGCUCACAUGUUUUUAGUAGCUUCUUCUAUAAGUGCCUGACCAGGAGAGAGAAAAACUCUGAGAAAGAUCCAAAGCUUUCGGCAGCGCAGAGAAGACACAGAAGAGUAAAAACGUGGACUCGUCGUAUAAACAUCUUUACUAAAGAUUAUAUCUUUGUUCCUGUGAAUGAGGAGUCUCAUUGGUACCUUGCAGUUAUUUGCUUUCCUGGGUUGGAAGCAGCUGUGUAUGAAGAUUGUCCGAACCAGUGCCUCCUACAGCCCCAUAUUAAGCAAUCUUCACUUCAUUCAAAAAAAGAGACAGAGGCUGUUAGAACCAGUACAGUCCUGGUCUUUGGUGAUAACUGCAAGGAUGAAGAAGAACUGGAUCUAAACAGCAGUCUGCAUUUGAAAGAUGGUGAUCAGCAGACUACUUUGUCCUCUGCCUUGAAUUCAUAUAAUUCCAAAGCUUUUGCUGCUGCGGUGAUUAGAAGCCUUGGGAGAAAGACCUCUGCUGCUGCAAUUAAACUUGAUUCUAAACCUGCUCCAUCAGCCAAUCAGGAGAGCUCCUUAAAUGAUUCCAACCCACAGAAAAUUUGUAAAAGGCCUUGUAUACUCAUCUUAGAUUCCUUGAAAGCAGGUUCCCUGCGGAGCACAGUUCAGAUCCUGAGACAGUACCUGGAAAUAGAAUGGGAAGUUAAACGAAAAACCCACCGGGAGUUCGGCAAAUCAACAAUGAUUGAUUUCUGUCCUAGAGUCCCGAAACAGGAUAACAGCAGUGAUUGUGGGGUAUAUUUACUGCAGUAUGUGGAAGCCUUUUUCCAGAAUCCUAUCAUUAACUUUGAGCAGCCCAUGCACUUGGAGCGUUGGUUCCCUCGUCGGGUGGUGAAAAACAAAAGGGAAGAAAUUCAAGAUCUCAUCUUGCAAUUGCACUUGCAACAGCAAGGUGGCAGCAGCAGCUAAAGAAUCUGCUCCGGCAAACCUGGAAGAGACAUUUCUGUACAGUGUGACUGGAAAACUGCUUAGCAGCACCUGGGCUGUGCCUGCUUUGCAAAAAAGGAAAACCACAUAGUAUUUUUGUUUGUCUGUUGGUAAAUUUGUUCCAGGACUUUUUGUUUGAAUUGUAGGAUGUGGGUUGAAGCUUUGUAGAUACAGUGUAAAUAUGUAAUUUAAAAUUAACAAAUAUUCACCUAAGUGAAUUUUUAUUUGGAAUAUGGGAACAGCAUAGAGGUAUGUGCCACAAAGAUGGGAAAGUUCUUUAAUCCUGUAGAGGCUGUUCCUCACUGUUGUGUGCACAUGCACACAACUCAGAUUUGAGUGAACAUAUAGUCAUCAUGAUUGGUGAGAAGAUCUCAUCCCUAUGUUGUAACACUCUGCCUUGCAGUUCUCAUAUAUAGUAUGAAUACCAUGUAUUUCUUUAUUUUAAGAAUAUAGUUAUGAAUCUCUUUAGAGAUAUCUCUUGAUAUAUUUUUAUUAUUAUUUGUUUAUAAUUUGUGACAUGAAUAGCUGCAGCUGCAUGCGUGUCAGCUUGUUGAGAGUUGAGCUCGCUGUUUUCGUGUUUCCGUCAUAAAACUUAACUUAUAAGGAAACUGAAAGCAUUUGCUUCAGGAUAAAGCUUGAAGCCUUUGCAGGUGAAACAUGGACUUUUCUUGAAUUUUCAAAUAUAGUUUUUCUUAACCACAGGUUGGAAAAAGGUUGUGCUUUUAAAUUAUAGAUGUAUCCUGGUGCAGUAAACCCUACCUGCCUGACUUGUAUGUCUUUGAUGCGAUGAGACUUCUAUCCAUAAGGCAAUCAGGUGUAGGUCUCAAAUUGUUUUUAGGUGCUUUAAUGAGAACUGUAUGCACAUGGCUUUACUCCAAAGGCCUGCUGUAUUCAGAGUUGUAAUGUGUGUUAAGAACCUGCGUAGGUAUUUUGGGCCCAAGCUGGCAAACAAGUAAGUCUAUAUUUAGUAGUUUUACUUAUUGGAGUUUUACUUAGUCAUGUUGAAUCACACUGAGUAAAAGUAUUGAAGGUUUGGAUUGGGCCUUUUAUGUGAUAAGCUAACAAGUGAUUGGUUAAAUGGAUAUUUAUGCCAUUUUCAAAGAGAAACUAGCCCCAGAAAGUUUUAAUAACCCUUUAAUACAUGGUCACCUAGGGUGCUUUCCUCUGUUCUCCAUGGUAAAGAAGUACAUUUUGCAGUUGCCUUUGAAAGGACUACAUUUUAAUCACAGCUGUAAAGUGACAUUUCAGCUUUCAAAGCUGAAAGUGAAUGGCAGAGCUAAAAUGAAAGUUAAGGGAGGUCCAGAAGGGUGACAGAUAGUCCCAGUAGCCAGAUUCAGGAACAGAUCUUCAGCUGGUAUAUGGCACUACAAUGCCAUUCUCUUAAUUAGAGCAGCAGGAGGAGUUGGUCACUGCUGUUCAUUUUUUUUCACUUAGCAUUAUUAUUCACACCAGGAGUUGCCUUACAGAGGGAAGAAAAAACAUUUCAAAAUAGGUUUAUUAGCUGGCUGAGGGCUGUUACCUUCUACCUGCCUGCAGUUAGCUUAACUGAAGCAGUCAAUACCCAUUUCAGAGCAUAACUCCACUUUCAUUUUAGUUUCUUUUGACCAUUGAGCAACUUUUUUUAGUUGCAUAGAUCAUCACUCUUAGCCUCCAUAAGCCUGUGUGGCUUUUGUCUCCCUAGCCAUCGCAUCAACAUUACUAUAGACCUAAGGGAUUUUUUGUUUAUUUAUUGUUCAGAUGGAUAAAAGAUUAAGUAAAGAUAUGUGAAUCGUACUUGUAUACUAUGCCUUCUCAACUGAUACAUAUUUUUCCUGGUGAUCCCAUUAAAAUUAUAAAUACAUUUUUUCCUGCAUUACUAAUUGAUUCCCACUGUAAAAUAAUAUUUGUGCUUCUUUAGAUUGAUGUGAUUGUACACUUUUUCAAAGGUAAUCUAGUCUUUUUUUAUUAACCAGCUUUUAUAACACCACCUUAUGAGACCUUUAUAGAUUAGUGAUGGAAAUGUGUAAUGGGAAUGCCAGUGUGUUUGAAAUUAAAAGGCUUUAAAAGUGGUGGACUUGAUUGUUCCCUUUCAGUUUUGCUGUAGAGCCAGUGAAUUAACUGUAAGCAAGGAGAGCUUUUCACUUUUAAUUCACGUUCCCAGUGCAUACCUAUUAAUAACCCCAGUACUGGGGUUAUCUAAUUCAUUUUGAACAAAGCUGUUGUAGUUGUGCUUGAGUCCUUAAAAAGGCAUUUGAAAAGUUCACAGUUCCUUGCUUGAAAAGGCAUCAUAUUUUUAAGACAGACUUUUGGGCCCACCAAAGCUGCUUUCUGCCAGCCAGGGGGCACAGUGCAGUUUUCAAACCUGACUUGAGUGAUUAGCUGAGGUGUCACUGCAUCCCUGUACCUCCUUCUCAUGUGAUGGAUGUACAGGGUUACAGAGCACUAUCCUUUGGCUAUAUCCCUGCUUUCUGCAGUUACCCUUUAUGGACCACUGCACACAGCAGAAAUUAGAGCUUCCCUGAGAAUGCUCUAACUUACCUUGUAGGUCAAACUGGUAAGCCACUUAUGCCCAUACAGGUCCUACCCCCUCCAUGUCCAAUGCCAAGCACAGGUUUAGCAGAUAUGCACCCUGAAGUCUAAUGCUAGUUUAAAGAGUACAGUUAUUGCAAAAUGUUAUACUCUGAACAUAUAACAUUGGCACCAGGGUGCUUCACUAGGUUUUAGAAAUUCAUGCUAUAUACAAAGUGUAGCUGCUUUUAAACCAAGAAUCACCAAACUUCGGCUAUGCUGGGCCAGCAGUGAGAACAGAUUUCAGAAAAGAUCAGUGGUGUCUUCUGAGAAGGUUUUAACACCAAUUGCAGAAGCUGACAAGAGCAACCCAGCGGAACCAGCCCUUGGAAAGCAUCAAAAGACUGACAUUGACAAAAUCAAGUGGGAGUUAAAUGUCUGUGGCCUGAUGAGUUUGUCAACUGGCCUGGAGAAUGUAAACCUGCUGUGCCCUCUCUUGGGCCUACCCAAGACUGAAUUUCUGGGCCUUGACCUUGAAAUGGGCUCAUUCCAGUGGACAGGUACUAUACUGUACAAGGAAGAAGGAGAGAGAGGGGGACAAGGGUGCACGGGACAGAAGCAGACCAGCAUAAUUCUCAUCUUAAUUGUGGCAGGAGGAUAGAUGCUGGUUCACAUACCCAAGGACCAAACACCUUAUGUUUCUAUGUUUACACUCAGUAGCCUAGAUUGGAACAAAGACUUUACAAGGGUUCAUAGAAAAUGUUCCCAAAUGAAACUAAUUAACUGUUGAAAAUGCCAUUCAAGGUGAACAUGCAGGUGUCAUGGUUUAGUUUGUGUUUGUUUAUUGAAAAUGAUAAAUAGAUCAACAAUUUUAAAGAAAAGAAAGACUCAACAUUAGGCUUGUCCAUUGGAAUCCUUUUUGGUGAGCUACAUUUUGAAAGGUUAGAUUUAUCUAGUUGACUUUCAUUUCCCAGUUACUUUUUCUUAAUUAAAAUGUUUACAAUAAUAUAUGACUGAGAGUGAUUAAGAUGUAGCAUAAAGCAUGUAGGCCUAUAAUAGUGGUAGCCUGAGCAUCCCCAAUCUCAUCUAAUAUCAUUUGAGUGGUCCUAGUGCUGACUAGUGCUUGGGCAGGAAACCAUCAGGCAAUUUCUGGUGCUACACGCACAAGGUAAGGAAGCAUUGCUGAAUGCUUGGCAAAUGCUAAACUACAGAAAUGGAAGUCUGGAAAGACUUUAUUUGCUCCUCCCUCCCCUGACCCCGCUUGUUGCUAAACUUGUAAGAGCCUAAAUAAAUAAAAAGUUUGUUUAGUGGCUGAUUACCAAGACUUUUACCAACAAGUUAAGACACUGACAGAAAUGGGAGAAGAGAAGGAGCAGAAACUCAGGUCUUAGAAUUGUUAAUUGACUUGGAUGUAUAUUUUGCUUGUUUCUGUUCUGAUACUUGAUGAUCUCUUUUACUCCACAGAAAUUGUAGCUGAAACUUUUCUAUACCUUCUUUGUAUUUUUAAGGCUGAAAGUAAGAAUUUUUGUUUUGUGUCAAUAAUAAAAUAUAUAUAUAUUUAA